UAACGAUUGAACACCAGCGACCGUCAACCACCAUUUGUCUCCUUCGCGGAAGAUUUCAUCAUUACAAAGUAUGUUCGCGCUACUUUGGUUCGGUGCGAUUCAAGAGACUACACUUCCUUCCUUCGUCCAGCUAUGGCAUAUCAAGGUCGGUGGCUGGCUGGUAGGAAUAGCGCUGAUGUUUGUUUGGCGUUUCUUAUAUCUCAUCCACCUCAUGUUCACGACAUUCACCCCAGCAUAUUGCAAUGUUUACAAGACUGGUCUUUGUAGGCCAUGAGCUUGGUAUGUCAAAGAUGUCCGAUUCAACGAGUUUAUCGGCCAUGGGAAUGCGUAUUCUCUAGACGUAGAUCAGAUUUGAGGCAAGCAGAAUGUUGGUGAUAGGUACGGUG